AUGCGUUACUCUCUCGCCGCCCUGGCCCUCGCUGGCCUCUCCUACGCCGUCCCUCAGGCGGUCAAGGCCCCCACCACCCAGCCAGCAUCUUCCUGCCAGAAGACCGUCUCCGGCUCCUUCCAGAUCCAGGUUGUCAACGUCACCAAGAAGCGUGAUGUCCUCGAGGAGGUUCGUCGCUCCCAUCCCCGCAGCCCCUCUAUUAUGGAUGUUGUACUGACUCGCGCGACAGAGACAAUCCGGCUCGCUCCAGAUCACCCUCAACAACGGUGUCCUCAAGGACCAGAGCGGCCGCACCGGCGAGGUCGUCGCCAACCACCAGUUCCAGUUCGACCAGAUCCUCCAGCCCAACGCCAUCUACACCUCCGGCUGGGCCGUCUGCAGCAACGGCUCCCUCGUCCUCGGCAACCAGGCCGUCUUCUACCAGUGCUUGUCUGGCAACUUCUACAACCUCUACGACCAGAGCCAGGGCGGCCAGUGCGGUCCUAUCUACAUCCAGACUAUCGGUACCUCCGGUUCCAGCGGUGCUUCCCAGAGCGGCUCUGCCUCUCAAGCGGCCGAUGGCCAGGUGACUCAGGCGAGCCCUGGCGCCAGCUCCCGUCCAGUUUCGCAGGUGACGGACGGCCAACGUAAGCAGUCGGAUUGAAACUCACAUGUUGCUCAACCAAGCUAACAACCCCCCGGUGCAAGCUUCUACCAGUGCGAGCGCCAGGCCCGUAAGCCAAAUAUCGGUACGGUUGGCCGAGACUCUUUUCAUUCACGAAUGCUAACACAUCACUAGGACGGCCAGCUCCAAGCCACCACCUCCGCGGCUGCUAUGCCAGUCCAGCAGAUAACGUGCGUGCCCUGACAGUCAUCAUGAGGAAUACCAAGCUAACAGUGCCCGCAGUGACGGCCAACUCCAAAUCGCCACUUCGCGCCCGGCUAGCACAGGAAGACCUGUCGCGCAAAUAAGGCAUUACCCACUUUGCGUUAUCAUGAACUCGAAGCUAACAGUUUCUACAGUGACGGACAGAUCCAGGCUACUACCGCUCGUCCUUCCUCCUCUGGUCGUCCUGUCUCCCAGAUCGGGUAGAUAUUUAGCCUUUCCCCACCGUUCAGAAUUAUUAAUGACUUGUGUCAACAGGGACGGCCAAAUCCAGGCUACCACCGCUCGUCCCUCCUCUUCAUCCGGCCGCCCAGUCUCCGCCAUCUCAGACGGGCAGUUGCAGGCCUCGACUGGACCUGCCAACGCCACCUCCGCCGCCACAGCUGUCGCCACGUACACCGGCGCCGCCGCUCUCCCCACCCUUGGCAGCGGCCUUCUCGGUAUCGCCGCCAUCGCCGUCGCCAUGCUUUAA